AUGUCUCAAAAUAAAUAUUUACGACUUGAAGAAAAUUAUUCAACUGAAGAAGAAUUUGAACUACCAGAAAUAUCAAAUAAAUCUCUGGAUAACAAUGAUUAUGGUUUGAGAAAUAGAACCAGUACUGGAGAUCUUGAGGACAAUGAAUAUCUAUUGGAUGGUCGUAAAACAUCAAUAGAUUCGGAAAUUUUAGAAAAUUCACCAAUACCUAUGGUGGCUGCGGCAGUCAGCGUAAAAGAUGAUCCGUCUUUACCUUGUACUACAAUUCGAUUUUGGAUAUUGAGCACCUUAUUUACAUCACUUGGUGCCGCUGUCUCGGAAUUCUAUUAUUUUCGUUCUAAUGGCGUCGGCUAUUCAAUAUUUUUUGUGUUACUGGCUUCCUAUAUUGUUGGAAAAUGGAUGGCUCGUGUUCUUCCAGUGGACGAAUUCAAAUUUUAUAAAUGGAAAUUUACUUUAAAUCCUGGUCCAUUUAAUAUCAAAGAACAUGUUCUCAUCGCUGUGGCAGCUGGGGCUGGUGGUGGCUCAGCAUAUGGCACAGACAUUAUUGCAAUACAGGAUCUAUUUUAUAAUCAGCACCCAGGUUUCUUCUUAGGAAUGUUGCUUUUAAUGAGCACUCAAAUGAUUGGGUACGGUUUGGCCGGAUUUUUAAGGAAAUAUCUUGUACGGCCUGCUAAUAUGUUGUGGCCUUCUAAUUUGGUGUUUUCCAGUCUAUUUUCAACUCUUCAUGGAGAUGUGUCCGAUACACAAGACAAAUUAAAAUUUUUUGUUAUAACAUUUACAAUAAUGUUUGUGUGGCAAUUUGUUCCACAAUUUAUGUUCCCAUUACUGACAAGCAUAGCGUUAUUAUGUCUGAUUAAGCCAUAUAAUAAUGAUAUAUUCCGGCUGGGGAGUGGUUAUCAUGGUCUUGGUAUAUUAAAUUUUUCUUUAGAUUGGAAUGCUAUAGGGCAGCCCGGACCACUGUAUACACCUUGGUGGGCACAAGUAAAUUGGUACGUUGGUGUGAUAGUUGGUUCUUGGAUAAUAGCUCCAAUUCUGUAUUACAAUGAUUUUUGGAUGGCAAAAAAGUUUCCACUUUUAGCAACAUAUUCUUUAAAUAAAGAUGGUGAAAGAUAUAAUCAAUCUACUAUAAUAGAUUUUAACACUGGCUCUUUGAACGAAACUGCUUAUAAAGAGUAUGGCCCUGUAUACCUAAGUGUUACAUUCGCUGUUGGGUAUUUUUAUUCUUUUAUAGCCUUUACUGCUGCAAUCACGCACGUUGUUCUCUUUUACGGUAAUGAAAUCUGGGAUAGAUUCAAAGCAAGUCGAUCAGAGGAAGUUGAAGAUAUUCAUUGUAAGAUGAUGAGAAAUUAUGAAGUUGCAAUAAUUCUUUGUGACGCAUCCGGGUCUCAUCUGCCGUGGUGGGGCUUAAUUAUCGCUGUUGGUAUAGCAUGCAUUAUGGUAUUACCAAUAGGAGUUAUUCAAGCCGUGUCAAAUAAUCAAGUUGGUCUUAACGUCAUCACAGAAAUGAUUUGCGGAUAUAUUUUUCCGGGACUCCCAAUCGCAAAUGUAUAUUUUAAAUGUUAUGGCUAUAUGGCUAUGUACCAAUGCCUAUCAUUCGUAUCAGAUCUUAAACUUGGACAUUACAUGAAAAUUCCACCUAAAGCAAUGUUUACAGCACAAAUGUGGGGUACUGUUGUUGGUGCAUUUAUCAAUUAUUGGACUCUACAAUUGAUAAUAUAUGCCAAACGUCCCUUUUUAGAUGGUACAAUGAGAGAUCCAACUGGUCAAUGGACAGGAUAUCGAUCACAAGUAUUUAAUACAGCAUCGAUAAUCUGGGGAUUAAUUGGACCAGGAAGAACUUUUGGCAGUGGUUCUAUGUAUCAUCCCUUACUUUGGGGAUUCCUCAUAGGAUUCCUUGCUCCUGUUCCAUUUUACUUUUUGCACAAAAAAUUUCCCAAAGCUAAAUUUAAUUUAGUAACAAUUCCAUUAAUUUGUAAUGGAUUAUCAAUCCUUCCUGGAACAUAUACUAAUUUCAUAAUAACAGGGUUUAUUGCAAGCUAUCUGAGUCAACGAUGGGCAUAUCAUCGGUAUCCAAAGGUUGAAUUUUUAUUUAUUAAUUCAUUUUGCCUUUUUAAAAAGCUAUGUAAUGUAUUUAUAACUGUUGGUUAUCUAUGA